AUGAACAAUUAUUGUUUUUGUAAAGAUGUAGGUAAGGAAAUCAAAAAAACAUUUAUAAAAAGUGAUCGUCCCAACAAGUACCCUAACUUAACAAUCAGAUAUGUACGUGGAUUGGAUCCACUAAUUAAACUCAUGGACAGCAAUGGAAAUGUGCAAGAGGUUUUGGCAAUCGAACGAUGGGACACCGAUACAGUGGAUGAAUUUUUGAGCACUCAUUUAGAACGCAUCGAAGAUGAUUACCGGUCAAACCUAGUGUAAACGAUUAAAAUAAUUUUUGGACACUUUUUUUUUAUACAUACCUACUAUAACAGUCAACAAAAAUUGUAUAAUGUUAAUAAUAUUCGAGUCUGAGCGUCAUAAUUAUAUACAUACGAAUUUGGCUGCACUUGUGCAGUGAGAUAUCUCUUUACGAGAAUUACAGUUAUUUUAUGGAUACGGAAUAAUAUAACUUCAUGUACUUUGCUACAGUGAAUUAU